AUGGCCAAGCGAGGAGCAGAGAAGCAGCUCACACAGGACAACGUGGACGACGACGAGCGCCAGGAAGAGGGCGGCUCGGGCGACUUCAGGAAAGCGUCAGACCAGGCUUUGUCGGGGCGCAAGAUCCGAGGGCUGCCCAAGCGACGAGGCGGAGGUGCUCCCGGUGCCGCGCCCGCCGCUGCACCCACAGGAGACGUGCCUAAGCCUUCACCUUUCGGCGGCGUCGCCUCGCCCAACCCUUUCGCUGCCUUGAGCGCCUCAUCCUCCACCCCGGGGGCACCCAAUCCCUUCGCUUUCGGCUCGAGCGCCGCGCAGCCCGCAUCGAACGGUGCAGCUCCCUCGUUCUCCUUCGGUUCGACCACCUCCACCUUCUCCGCACCCGCUUCUUCGUCUUCGACCCCUUCCUUCGGCGCACCAGCCACGUCCAGCUUCACCUUCGGCGCUCAGGCGAAGCCCGCCGCACCCGCACCCGCACCCGCACCCGCGCAGUCCGACAAGCUCAAGUAUUACACCUCGCUGCGGGCUCUCAACGUCUCGCUGCUGGAAGCGCUCUCGUCGCGAAUCGACAAGGAUCCGUUCAUCGACUUGUCGGCUGAAGGCACGUUCGACAAGCUGGAGCAGAAGUACGAGGAGCACCGGGCGCGGGUGGACAAGGAGCAUGGCAUAGCGAAGGAGGACAAGAUGGCGGUCGAGGCUCCGGCGAGCUCGUCGGCUGCUGCAGCUCCCGCUCCUGCGCCAGCGUUCGAGAUCCCCGAGAUCUUCCGCAACCCGCCGAAACCUGUUCCCAUCGCCGACCUCACCGACACCAGCGGUGCACCCGACGCCGCACCCGCUUCCACCUCGUCCUCAGCUCCUCAAAAGGCGACGGUCGCAGCGGACGACAUCCCCGACAUCUUCAAGAACCCUCCCAAGCCUGUUCCCAUCGCCGACUUGUCGGAAGAACCUGCCGAGAACAAGAUCGCGCCGCCUGCCCCGCCUGCAGUCUUUGCUUUCGCUGGGAGCGCUGUCAAGUCGACGUCGAGUAGCUCGUCGAACUCGGCUCCUCCCGCGGGCGGAUUCGUUUUCAAGCCUGACUCGGCGCCCAAGGUCGAGAAGAGCUCCUUCACGUUCCCUGCGGCCAGCUCUUCCUCGUCUGCACCUUCGACUUCGGCACCCUCGUCAUCGGCGCCAGCCAAGUCGUCGAGUCGUGACGAGCUCAAGCCCCCUUCGGCCCCAAAACUCGCCCCCGCCAAACUGACCAACCCGCCUUCGAAGCCCAGCCCGCUCCGGUUCGGCGAGAGCGUCAGUCCGCCUACGACGCCUGAGAAGGGUGCGACGGGGGGAGAAGAGGCGCAGAAGCCUAAGGGUGGGUUCUCGUUUGGAGCGCAGUUUGGGAAAAUCGCAAAGGGCGAGAAGGAGGGUGAGGCGAAGAAGGAUGAGGGAGAGAAGCAGGAGUCUGUGAAGGAGCAGGAGGAGAAGAAGGAGCCACCUAAGCCGGCGUUCUCGUUUGGCUCGUCCGGGUCGCCGUUCUCGUUCGGUUCCGCCACGUCCACCUCGACUGCUCCCGCGUCGACUGCCUUCUCCUUCGGUAGCGCGGCGACGUCUUCGAGCUCGACCGAGACACCUUCGAAGCCCGCCUUGACUUUCGGCGGUCCAACGCCUUUCUCGACUCCCGCCUCUACCUCCCUGUUCUCCGCCAAGCCGGCCUCGUCUCCUCCCAUCGCCACCUCGUUCGGCUCUUCCUCCCCUCCCUCGUUCGGCUUCGGCGCCGCCCUCCAGACGAAGGACAAGGACCAGCCUGCGCCGUUCACUGCAGGCCGCAACACGGGUUUCGCGUUCGGCUCAAACAUUGGCUCGGGCGGCUCGACUGGCUCAACGGGCUUCGCGUUUGGCUCGGGAGCUCCUGCGUCGGACAACAAGGGCCAGGCUGCGAAGACGACUACCGGCUUCUCCUUCGCUACUGCGCCGCCCGUCUCGACUUCGACCGAUUCGACCUCCGCUCCAGCCGCCGCCUCUUCCACCCCCUUCUCAUUCACCGCCUCUUCCGCCCCACCCGCCGUCUCCUCCGCCCCCUCCACCGCAGGGGAAACCGACUCGCGCGCGCAGACGCCCGGCGCAAACCCCUUCACCGCUCCAGGCGAAGGCGAAGAAGGGGAAGACGUGUUGCAUAGUGUGAGGGGGAAGGUUUGGAGGAUUGAGGGAGGCCAGUCCAGCGAGUUGGGGAUUGCGAAUGUGGCGGUUAAGGAAAGGAAGGAGGGAGGGAAGGUGAGGUUGUUGGCGAGGAAUGAGACGAAUGGGGCGGUCCUGAUCAACUUCUCCCUCUACCCCUCUCUCUCGCUCAAGAAGGAGAAAGUGUUCGUCACCUUCCUCGGUUUCGGACCCGACGCCAAGCCCGUCACGUACAGGCUGAGGUUCAAGGACGUCGCGAUGGUCGAGGAGUUUGUGGACGCGGUCGAGGAGGCCAAGAAGAAGCUCCCGGCGGCUUGA